AUGUCAAUUUUGCUUAUUUUGAAAUUUAUCAGGACAGAAAAUUUUGUUUAUUCCUCAACUGUCAUGUUCUUGCUUAUUGUGCCGCCAUUCACCUUGUGCGCUGCAACGCACAACGAGUCUAGCAACCUUCCAGGAUACCACAAACUAUCUUUUAUUCUAUUUUUACAUGACUCAAAACAGAGUCCUCAAUUAUGUUAUGGAGGAAUUCCGGGAAAAAGUGGUGUACCAGGUAUUGACGGCAAGCCUGGUAUCCCAGGAUUACCUGGUCGCGACGGCCGUGAUGGACGUGACGGAGCUAAAGGCAAAAAGGGACGCCCGGGGAGCCCUGGACUCCAGGGGCCAACUGGUCCACCAGGUGAUAAAGGGGAUAAGGGAGAACCUGGUACUCAGGGUUCACCCGGCCAAAGAGGAGAGCGAUGGGAGAGAGGCGAGCCUGGAAAGCCAGGGACGCUUCAGCUUUCCUCAUGCAUGAAUUCGAACUGGAAAGAAUGUACAUGGAGAGCAGGGGACGGCAAGGACCAAGGUUUGAUCCAGUUAUUCCGUGUAGUUCAAAAGAUCUCAAUGCCGAGAUUCCGUAACAAGACCUCAUCAGCCAUCAUGAAAUGUUUGCUGACCUUAAUACUGAUCGCUUUGGGCUCUGCUUUUAACAGCACCCAAACCAGGACACACUGUGGAUGUUGUGGUUGUAGUUGCAUGCCAGGAAUCCCAGGCAUUCCGGGAAGUCCCGGACCUGCGGGAGCAACAGGAUCUCCAGGAGCGCCCGGACCUGAAGGAACCGCGGGACCUAAAGGUGACCCUGGUGAAAAAGGAGACGAAGGCCCUCGAGGCCCGCCUGGGGAAAAUGGGAGUCAGGGACCUCAAGGACCACCUGGUCCUCAAGGCCCAAAGGGUGACGAGGGCGAACAAGGGAUUCAAGGCCCCCAAGGCCCCCGCGGCCUUCCAGGGUCAAUCGGACGUAACUGGAAGCAGUGCGUGUUCAACGGCCUCAGUGAUUCAAAGGACAUUGGUUUAAUAAAGGAAUGUCGUUUCAGAAAAGGAUCAUCCAGAACUGGCCUUCGUGUCUUCUGGAAUGGAGUUCUUCGCAUUAGUAACUGCCACGCUUGCUGUAAGCGAUGGUAUUUUACUUUCAACCGAAGAGAGUGCGCGUUUCCGGCUAGAAUUGAUGGAGUGGUAUACAUGGUACAUGGAAAUCAGGGAAAGAAGAAUCUACUCCGUGUCCGACAUAUUGAGGGAGUGUGUGAAAAUAUCCCGGCGGGCAUCGUCUCCGUGGGAUUCUGGAUCGGAAAUUGCGCUUCUUAUGGGAGUUGUGAUGGGCACACUGGUUGGAACUCAGUGUCCCGCAUCUACAUAGAGGAGGUACCGCCUCCACAACGAAUACCUGGUAUGCACGGGAAGCCUGGGUCCCCUGGGUUACCAGGUCGUGACGGCCGAGAUGGACGUGAAGGAGUCAAAGGUGAUCUUGGCAGCCCAGGGAAGACUGGACCUCAGGGACCACCAGGCCCUAAAGGAACUCCGGGCGCCAAAGGAGAACCUGGAGUACAAAGUCCUUUUGGUGAAAAGGAGCAGCCUGGAGAGAGUGUGGCUCCUGGUGUGAUGUCUUUUAAGAACUGGAAAGAGUGUGCGUGGAAGGACUUGAAUGAAGGAAAAGAUAUCGGCCUCAUCAAGGACUGUAUGUUCAUUAAGAAACACGCAAGUACAGUGCUUCAUGUUUAUUGGACGGGUGUUCUACGAAUUGCGUCAUGCAAUUCGUGUUGCAAACGCUGGUAUUUCACCUUCAAUGGCGCUGAGUGUUCUGGACCCCUAACAAUUGAUGGUCUCGUUUAUAUAGGCAGUGGAAAAAGUCAAGAUCUUCAUCGCGUCGACAACAUUGAGGGCCACUGCAAUAACAUUCACAAAGGCAAGGUACGCGUUGGGUUCUGGGUCGGUAAUUGCCCAGGAUAUGGAAGCGUGGAUGCCUACACAGGCUGGAAUUCAGUUUCCCGGAUCUUUAUCGAGGAAGUUCCUAAGCCACCACUUCACAGUCCUGAAGAUUUUGGUGGCAAACACGAAGAUCACCUAUACAAAAUGGUGGUAAAAACUGCAACCUUCUGGAUUUCUUUUUUCGCGGUGUCAUAUUUGGUUUUCUGUCGCGCAGCGAAUAACAAGUCUAAUAAACCAUCAAACAGCAAAGUGCAACCUCCACCAUAUUUUUAUGCUGGGAUGCCUGGUAUGCACGGAAAGCCUGGGCUCCCUGGUGCACCUGGUCGUGACGGCCGUGAUGGACGCGAAGGAGUUAAAGGCGACCGAGGCAGCCCAGGGAAGACUGGACCUCAGGGACCUCCAGGUCUCAAGGGAACUCCGGGUGUUAAAGGAGAACCUGGAGUACAGGGUCCUCACGGCAAAAAGGGGCAGCGGGGAGAAAGUGGGAAAAAUGGAAUCCCGGGGACUCCUGGUGUGAUGUCUUUUAAGAACUGGAAGGAGUGCGCGUGGAACAACUUGAAUGAAGAUAAAAACCACGGCCUGAUUAAGGAAUGUGUGUUUACCAAGAACUUUUCCGACACAUCUCUCCAUGUUUCCUGGACUGGAGAUUUUCGAGUCUUUCGCUGCAUCGACUGCUGCAAACGCUGGUAUUUCACUUUCAACGGUGCUGAAUGUUCAGGUCCCCUACCAAUUGACGGUAUUUUGUACCUGGGUAGUGUUAAGUCUCUAAAUCCUCAUCGUGUCAGCCAUAUUGAGGGUCACUGUAACAACAUCCACAAAGGCAAGGUGCGCGUGGGGUUCUGGGUCGGUAAUUGCCAGUCAAGAAGCCAAAAUGAUUACGAUGCCUUCACUGGCUGGCAAUCAGUGUCGCGGAUCUAUGUUGAGGAAAUCCCAAAACCACAAGCUUAG